AUGUUGCGCUUUCCACAAGCAAAACAUAAAUUUAGGGAUGAGAAUGCUUUCAGCUUGCCGCUCAAAAUGAUGAGAAAAAAAUAUUUAAAUGUGCAUACGGUGCGUUGCUCAAGAUGUAGUUUUGGUCAUGCUGGGGUCCUAUGCAUCUUUUUAGACUCCUUGGUGUGCAUGUUUGGUGUGCAUCUUGGAUGUGCAUGUUGGAUGUUCAAACUGGAUGUGCUCAUCAUAUAUGUAAAUCGGAUGUGCUCAUCAUUCUUCCUUAGGUUCGAUCUAAGGUAUUGUAUUACCAUGAGGCCCUCAAUAAGCCUACCUCCAACAGGAAGACUGUUCCACGCGCUAUCGCUCACAGCACUUCUGUUGGUUGAAUCUGCGUAG